UAUAAGAGACAAACGUGCAGUAGAAAGGAACAUUCUGAGUUGGACAAGAUCAGCUGUAGAUUUUGCCGUUUUGGAUCAUUCAGUGCUGAAAGUGAACAGGUUGAAAGCGAGUGUUAGGAGAAUUAUGAUGGCUGGAUGGACUCUGAUUUCCUCUGUGCUGCUGAUCUCCAGUGUCCUGCUGCAGCUUUGUGUUGCUCAAAUAAGCUGCAGGGGGCGAUGCGGAGAGGCGUUCUCGCGGGGGCAGAUGUGUACCUGCGAUGAUGACUGUCUCACUCACAGUGAAUGCUGCAAGGACUACGAGGACGUCUGUACCUCCCAUGGUUCAUGCAGGGGUCGAUGCCGGGAAGCUUUUAGGAGAGGGAGGGAGUGCGAGUGCGACCCUGACUGCACCUUCUACAACUCCUGCUGUCCCGACUACAGCGCACACUGCGAUAUGAAUGACAGUAAACCAGAAGUUCCAGUCGGCGCAAAGUCAGGAGGUGUAUAUUUAGGUUGUGCUAACGGCGACUUCAGAUCAGCACUCCCUCCUGGACAACACACUCCAGGUGCUAAUGUAGACGGAGGAAGUGCUGUGGAGCUAGUGCCACUGACUGAAGAUCUAGCAGCACCUCCUCCAGCUGAUGCUAAUCUUUACCUCCCUGUUGUUCCUGCAAAGCCUGUGGAAAACACACCAAGCCCACCUUCGGCUCCAGGAGAAGCUGUUGCAGAUGGAAGUGGACACAUCCAGGUUUCUGUUUCCAUCAGCGGUCAAGCAAGUGCAGACCCUAAUCAACCAUCUGUCGUCUCGGAGUCUUCAGCUGGAAGGCCGAGCACACUAACGGACAUAGCUCAGGCUCUGGAGGCCGCCAACGCAGCACAACAGCCACAUCCGAGCUCUAGCCCUGACCUCUGCAACGGCCUCCCCAUCAACGGCGUGACCUCACCAUUCAAUGGCUCCAUCAUUGUUUUCCAAGGUCAUUUCUUCUGGAUCCUGAACCCCAAGACCAGAGCAGCAGGUCCUGCUCGCCGUAUUACAGCAGACCUGGGCAUUCCUUCUCCUAUCGACACGGCCUUCACUCGCUGCAAUUGCGAGAGCAAGACCUACAUUAUCAAGGGUGAUAACUACUGGAGAUUUCAGAAUGGUGUGAUGGAGCCUGGGUACCCCAGAUCCGUGUCUAAGGACUUUGGAGGGCUCUCUGGAAGAAUUGUUGCUGCUCUUCCCGUCCCUGCCAAUAGGAAUCGGCCUGAGAUUGUUUACUUCUUCAAGAAAGGAGAUACAGUGCAGAAACUCACCUACCCUGCUGGAAGUGGGCCGACUUGCAGGAAAAAAGGAAAGAACCUGACGUCUGCUAAGAAUCGUCAACCAGUCCGUCUCUCUGGAGAGAUCAACAUUUCCCUGAAGUGGAAGGGAUUCCCCACCCCCGUGACCUCUGCUCUCUCCAUGCCCAACUCAAGGAAGCCUGAUGGAUUUGAAUACUACGUCUUCUCCUGGCCUAAAGUCUUCAGCAUUAAGAUCAGCGGUGAGAUUCCUGUUCUGGCGUCUCCCGCAAAGCCGCCUGCUGAAAACGACGUCAGAAACUGGCUCAGCUGUCCUCAAUAGAGAAACCCAAAGCAAAGACAAACCUGAGCUUGGCAUUCAUCAGCAAGCCACCUUUCAUUAGCAAAAAACAUUGAACAGCUUUAUUCAUUAUUUGCAACUGAACAUUCAUCAAGUACAAAAUAGCAAUUUGAAAUCAUAAUUGAGCAAACUGAGGCUAACUACAGAACAUAAAAAUUUAUAUGUACAAAAGAAAACUAUGGUGCACUGAAUCUGAAACAUGGCUGGAUGGAAAGUGGGUGACUUCACAACUAGUACUGAGAUGUGAUCAGAACGGCGUGCCUCUAUUGAAUCCUCGGCCACGGCCACCACGUGGGUAGCUUAUACCUGAAGGGAAGAGAGAAGGAAAAAGAAAUUAGAUGACCCAAAAAAAAAAAAAAAACCAAAAAAAACCCCUGAAAAUGGACUCAAUAAUCUUCCAUUUGGGUUCUGACCUAAUGCCCCUAAAAUGAAUGGAACACGACAUCAAAGUUGCAUUUUCUGCAUUUAUACUUUGCUUCACUGAAUAUUAAAAUGGCCUUGUUGAUCUUG